GUUUGCCUCAGGCAAGUCAAUACAUCAACCCCAAUAAUUACCUUUUCGGGACUCUCUCUCUAUCUCUCAAAACCCCAAUCUCUCAAAAACCCCAAUCUGUUUUUCUCUCUUUGUAAAGCUAGUAUCUGGAUUUUGAUCAGUACGAUCUGUUAAAUCCGUUAACCCUAUUCUUCUGUUUCAAUAGAUUGAUCGGUUACAGAACAAAAGUGAAUCCGGAGAUUGAAUCGCCAUGUCAAUGUCUGAUUCUGAUACGUCGUCUCAGGGCAGCGAGUACAGGAACUUCAGGCAACUUACUCGUGACCGACUAUUGUAUGAAAUGCUUCGAUCAACCAAAUCUGGGGACUCGAAAUCAACAUGGAAGGUACUUGUCAUGGACAGAGUGACUGUCAAAAUAAUGUCUUAUGCAUGCAAGAUGGCUGAUAUAACAGAGGAAGGAGUUUCAUUGGUGGAAGACAUAUACAGGAGAAGGCAGCCAUUGCCCACCAUGGAUGCCAUUUACUUCAUGCAGCCAACAAAAGAGAAUGUUAUUGUGUUUCUGUCCGACAUGACUGGAAGAGCACCUCUGUAUAAAAAGGCAUUCGUUUUUUUCAGUUCACCUGUUCCACGUGAAUUGGUUAGUCAUAUCAAGAAAGAUGGAAGUGUUUUAGCUCGCAUAGGUGCCUUGAGAGAGAUGAACCUGGAGUACUUUGCCAUUGAUAGUCAGGGAUUUGUCACUGAUAAUGAGAGGGCUUUAGAGGAACUUUUUGGGGAUGAGGAGAGUACUCGCAAAGGUCAUGCAUGUUUGAAUGAAAUGGCCACUCGGAUUUCUACGGUUUUUGCUUCAUUACGGGAAUUUCCUUUCGUACGCUAUCGUGCAGCCAAAUCCCUUGAUAUGAACACAAUGACAACAUUUCGUGAUCUAAUCCCCACAAAGCUUGCUGCUGGUGUUUGGAAUUGUCUUGCGAGAUACAAAGCUAACCUCCCUAACUUCCCCCAGACAGAGACGUGCGAAUUGCUUAUUGUUGAUAGAUCUAUAGAUCAGAUUGCUCCUGUGAUACAUGAAUGGACAUAUGAUGCCAUGUGCCAUGAUUUAUUAAAUAUGGAGGGAAAUAAAUAUGUGCAUGAGGCCCCAGGCAAAGUUGCUGGUGUACCCGAGAAAAAAGAAGUCCUUUUGGAGGACCAUGAUCCUAUCUGGCUAGAGCUUCGGCAUGCACAUAUCGCAGAUGCUAGUGAACGACUACAUGAGAAGAUGACAAGCUUCGUAUCAAAGAAUAAAGCUGCGCAAGUUCACCAUGGUUCUAGAGAUGGUGGUGAAUUAUCCACUCGUGAUCUGCAAAAGAUGGUUCAAGCAUUGCCACAAUACAGUGAACAAAUUGACAAACUCUCUCUCCAUGUAGAUAUUGCUGGAAAAAUCAAUAGAAUUAUCAAGGAUAUGGGACUCAAAGAACUUGGGCAGCUAGAGCAGGACCUCGUUUUCGGAGAUGCAGGAACUAAGGAUGUAAUCAACUUUUUGAGAACGAAACUGGAUGUAACACGUGAAAAUAAGUUGCGCUUGUUGAUGAUUUAUGCAGCAUGUUAUCCUGAAAAGUUCGAGAGCGACAAAAUCACAAAAUUAAUGGAGUUAGCAAGAUUACCCCCUGAGGAUAUGAAUGCUGUGAAUAAUAUGAGAUUGCUUGAGGGAUCAUCAGAUACCAAGAAAAACUCAAUUGGAGCUUUUUCUCUGAAAUUUGAUGUUCAUAAGAAGAAGCAUGCUGCUAGAAAAGAUCGUACUGGUGAAGAAGUGAUGUGGCAGCUUUCGCGAUUUUACCCAAUGAUAGAGGAACUUGUUGAAAAACUUAGCAAAGGUGAGCUACCGAAGAAUGACUACCCAUGUAUGAAUGACCCUAGUCCAACUUUCCAUGGAUCUUCUGGGGCUGCAUCAAAUCCAACUAAUCCUACUUCUGCUCCCCACUCAAUGAGACAAAGACGGGCAACAUGGGCCCGGCCUCGGGCCUCUGACGAUGGAUACUCGAGUGAUUCAAUUCUGAGGCAUGCAUCUAGCGAUUUCAAGAAGCUGGGCCAACGUAUUUUUGUAUUUAUUGUUGGCGGAGCUACUCGAUCUGAGCUACGGAUUUGUCACAAGCUUACAGCAAAGCUCAAGAGGGAAAUUGUGUUAGGCUCAUCUAGUCUUGACGAUCCUCCACAGUUUAUUACGAAAUUGAAGUUAAUGACGGCAGAUGAAUUGUCACUGGAUGAUCUUCAGAUUUAACGACAUUGGUGUAGAUCUCAAAGCUGGAUACAGCAUUUUUUCUCUUGAUUCCAUUUUUAGCUGUGAAUUGAAAUGUCUUGUGCUUUAGCAUGUAUGAUAUGAACAUUAAUUUUUUUUUUCUCUUUAUCCCCAUUUUUCUUGAUUUUGCUGACUGGCUCUUGCCUUCUGUCUAUUGUAAUUGUUAAGUAUUGCAUUGCUUAUUCUUGUUUUCUGUAUUCCUGGUUGUUCUGACAAGCUUUAUGGUGUGUAUACUUCCUGGAUUUAAGCAAAAGGCUGGCUUAACUUUUU